AAUGAGGGGAAAGAACCAAAGAAGACGCGGAGACGCACAGAGAAGAAGCAGGCUAGCUGUUAGCUGAAAAAACACUAAACAGCGCAUCUUGUGAUGAGUCUCUGAAGUCGGUGCUGCUGUGUGGGAACAGAGGAAGGGAAGGUCGGCCCAAACAUCUUCUGAUAGAGGCCAUCUCUUUUUCUGGCAGCAUGGAGAAGCAGCUGCAUUUGAACCUGCUAGCAUCCAGACCCCCCAUGGCAGGUUUUCAGUCCGGCGGCUCUAAAAUGAAAAUGGGACCUGGACGGAAGAGAGAUUUCACGCCCUUGCUGUGGAGUCAGUACUUUGAAACCAUUGAAGAUGUUGAGGUGGAGAAUGAAAACGGCAAAGAUAUUUUCCGACUUUACUGCAGUGGCUCCAGUGGUCCUGUGCUGUUGCUGCUCCACGGAGGCGGCCACUCUGCGCUGUCCUGGGCCGUGUUCACCGCUGUCAUAUGCAGCAGGAUCCACUGCAGGGUGGUGGCCAUGGAUCUGCGAGCUCACGGAGACACCAAAGUUAGAAAUCCUGAGGAUCUGUCAGCAGACACCAUGGCAAAGGAUGUUGGUAAAGUAGUAGAGGCUCUGUACGGAGAGAGCCCCCCUCCCAUCAUGAUGAUCGGACACAGUAUGGGCGGAGCCAUCGCAGUCCAUACAGCCAGUGCCAACCAUGUGCCGUCCCUGCUGGGUCUCUGUGUCAUCGAUGUGGUUGAAGGCACAGCAAUGGAUGCUUUGAACAGCAUGCAGAAUUUCCUCAGGAGUCGACCAAAGACGUUCAAGUCUCUGGAGAACGCCAUUGAGUGGAGUGUGAAAAGCGGCCAGAUUAGAAACGUCGAAUCUGCUCGAGUUUCCAUGGGAGGCCAAGUUAAAAAAAGUGAGGAGUCUGCCUGCGAUCCAAGUGUCUCUAACAGUAUCGGUGAGGGCAUCAUAGAGGAAGAGGAGGAAGAGGAAGGAGCUGAGGAGUCGAAUAAAAAGCGGAUGAAAGAGGACGACCAAGAGGUGAAAAAGGAAAGCUUCUACACCUGGCGAGUGGAGCUGUCAAAGACUGAGAAAUACUGGGACGGCUGGUUCCGAGGUCUGUCGGCCCUUUUUCUCAGCUGCUCUGUGCCAAAGCUGCUUCUCCUCGCAGGAGUGGACCGGCUGGACAAAGACCUCACCAUCGGACAGAUGCAAGGGAAGUUUCAGAUGCAGGUCCUCCCUCAGUGUGGCCACGCUGUUCACGAGGACGCACCUGAGAAAGUAGCAGAUGCUCUGGCAGCGUUCAUGGUCCGACACAAAUUCACCGAGUUUAAGGAAGGAUAUCUGUGCUAACUUUCUGUCCACAUCAAACCAGCAGGCGUUGGAGAAAUGCUUUAGGAUUCAUUGCAAUCAUUGUGAAUUUGAAGGUUAUUUAAAAUAAAGAUUACAUCAUCAUUGAUUAUUUGGUUCGGUUCUCUAGAUCUUCUGCCUUUCAGCUUUGCCUUUUUUUAUUUUCAAACAUGAUUUUUUUUUUUUUUCGUUUUGUCUUUACUCCAUAUUUUUUAUUCUUUGUAAUGUAAAGCUCUUGUCUGUUUUAUUUUCAGUGAUUGCAUUAAUGUUCAUGAGUGUCUCUUUGUCGGAUCAAAGAAUGACAGCGAUAAAAAAUGGACGCAAUAAAAUCUGUUCAACACUA